CUAAAUCAAACAUAAAUACAACUUGACAUCCAUUGUCAUUGUCAUUUACAAUUUUACUAUUUUCUACACAAGUUUAUUUUUGAAUGUGUUUACUCUAGCCAAUGGGCCAAGAUGACAAUAUCCACGCGGCCCUAUCGCACGUGGUCCUAUGCUGCGUCACCGGGCCCAGUCUCGGACGGGUUCAUAUCAAGAACUACACCCAUCCGGGCAUGCACACAAACCUGCUGAUACAUGGUAUUGUGGGAUUCCUACACUAUCACGGAGGCUUCGGUGACGUCGCCCAAGCCUACAAGAUCAGCCUGGCCGCGUCCAGAUACCUCCCGAUCCCCUGUCUAAUGGCCGAUCUAACGCGAGGCGAUGACGUACGUUCCCUCCUCCAUCUCCUCUCCGGACUUGUCCCUUUCGUCAUCGCUGUGUCAUCAGCAAACGAGGACAAACACUUUGGGAACCUCAUGGUUUUCAUCAACAUCAUUUGUUUAGUGUUGUACUCGCAUGAAAAGAAUAGCGAGUGGGGAUGGUACACGGCUGGUGCGGCUGUGUUCUCGUAUUUGGCCGCGCCUCAGAUCGGCGGGUUGGGCCCAAAGGUGAUAUACCCUUUGGGGUUGGCGUUGAUGGACUACUGCGGGUAUAGGGUGCAUGGGGUGGCUAGACAAGCGGCGGAGCUGCCUCCUCGUCGGUAAUAAAGAGGAUGUGACUGUA